UGAUAACUCAUCUAUUAUGCUACUCCGCUAAAUAAAAUAAAAACCUUCCAGAAAGCAGAACCGGAGCCGCCGCUGGACGCACCGGAGCACCGACAUCUCAAAGUCGUGAGAUGGGAGUUUGUCUCCUCGGGGGAAACAUCGAGCUGAACGAUCAACACAAACGACACCUGAACUGAACACAUACUAACACACACAGACGCGCACGCACACACACACACCCUCACACACACACACACACACACCCUCACACACCAGAGGGAGUUGGUUUUUUUUCACCUUCAGGCCAGACACUGCCGUCCCACGGUGCAUUGCUGCGUCACCGUCGUCCACCAUGUCGGACGCCCCCGAGGCUGCGCCCCCCAGCCCCCCCCAACUCACCAACCCGCCCCCGCCUGAGGUCACCAACCCCACCAAACCCGGCAGGAAGACCAACCAGCUGCAGUACAUGCAGAACGUGGUGGUGAAGACGCUGUGGAAGCAUCAGUUCGCGUGGCCGUUUUACCAGCCGGUCGACGCCAUCAAACUCUGCCUGGCGGACUACCACAAAGUGAUCAAGAACCCGAUGGACAUGGGAACCAUCAAGAAACGUCUGGAGAACAAUUAUUACUGGAGCGCCAGCGAAGCCAUGCAGGACUUCAACACCAUGUUCACCAACUGCUACAUCUACAACAAGCCCACAGAUGACAUCGUGCUGAUGGCUCAGGCUCUAGAGAAAAUCUUCCUGCAGAAAGUUGCUCAGAUGCCUCAAGAGGAAGUUGCUCUGCUGCCACCAGCGCCGAAAGGGAAGAACAAGAGCAAACAGCCCGCUGCUGCUACGACGGGUACCACAGUGAGUCAGCAGGCCGAGUCUUCAGCCUCCCCUCCCCCCUCAUACCCCUCCCCCUCCCCCUCUCAGACGCCAGUCAUCUCGACCACGCCCACACCGGUACCAGCCACGCCCCCCGUCUCUGCCCCACAGCCCCCGGCAACCAUGAUGCCCUCUGCACAGCCCGUCGUCAAGAAGAAGGGGGUGAAGAGGAAAGCCGACACCACCACUCCCACAACGUCGGCCAUCUCUGCCGGUCGCGCCGACUCUCCGUCCGCUCAGGACACCAAACCGGCUAAGCUGGGUUCGUCCCGGCGCGAGGCCGCCGCACGCCCCGCCAAAACCCGCAGGGAGACAGUUGAGGAGGUGGCUGUAGGCGAGGUGGGAGCUGGCGGAGGAGUAGCAGCGGGGAGGAAGGCUGGUAAGCUGGGCGAACAGAUGAAACACUGCGACGCCAUCCUGAAAGAAAUGCUCUCCAAGAAGCACGCCGCCUACGCCUGGCCCUUCUACAAGCCGGUGGACGCAGAGGCGCUCGAGCUGCACGACUACCAUGACAUCAUCAAACACCCCAUGGACCUCAGCACUGUUCGGAAAAAGAUGGAUAAAGGAGAGUACAGUGAUCCUCAGAGCUUUGCGACCGACGUCAGGUUAAUGUUCUCCAACUGCUACAAGUACAACCCUCCAGAUCACGAGGUGGUGGCCAUGGCCCGCAAGCUGCAGGACGUGUUCGAGAUGCGUUUCGCUAAGAUCCCAGACGAGGGCCUGGAGGCGUCGGUCCCGUCCACGACACCAUUGGUUAGUAAAAGCACUGCCUCCUCUGACAGCAGCAACAACUCCUCCUCCGACGAAUCGUCUGACUCAGAGGAGGAGCGAGCCACGCGAUUGGCUGAGCUACAGGAGCAGGUUGGUGCUGCCGACCAAUCACAGUUGAAGGCGGUGCACGAGCAGCUGGCUGUCCUGUCCCAGGCUCCGGUCAGCAAGCCAAAGAAGAAGAAAGAGAAGAAAGACAAGGAAAAGAAGAAAGAGAAGGACAAAGACAAAGGGAACAAAGGCAAGAUGGAGGAGGAGAAGAAACCGAAGGCCGCCGCUCAGCAGCCCAAACCAGCCAAUCAGAAGAAGGCGCCGGCAAGGAAAGCCAACAGCACGGUGACUGCCACCAGGCAACCGAAGAAAGGCAGUAAGACGUCAGGCGGCGGCUCGGCCAACGGAGACGACGGCGAGGAGUCGUCCCUGCCGAUGUCGUACGACGAAAAGCGCCAGCUGAGUCUGGAUAUAAACCGGCUGCCGGGAGAGAAGCUGGGCCGCGUCGUCCACAUCAUCCAGUCCAGAGAGCCGUCGCUGAGGGACUCCAACCCCGACGAGAUCGAGAUCGACUUCGAGACCCUCAAACCCUCCACACUCCGAGAGCUGGAGCGCUACGUCAAGUCCUGCCUGCAGAAGAAGCAGAGGAAGCUACUGCAGAAGGCAGCAGGAGGCGGGGCCUCAGGAGGCGGGGCUAGUCGUUUGAGUGGAAGCUCCUCUUCUUCCUCUGAUGACAGCUCCUCAACAGGAACCUCCUCUUCCUCCGACACAGACUGAACACACCACACACAGUCACACACAUGUUACUGAACACACAAACACACACAGAGGUUUAUUCAUUCUACACACACACACACACACACACACACACACACACACACACACACAUUCAAAUGCAGGAACUAAAUCUAUACACACUGACGCUCAUGUAAACUUACAUCCUGAACAAACACACAAAAGACAGAGAUACACACUCUGAACUUCGUACAACAGACACACAUACACACAUAAAUAUAUAUAAAAAUAUAUACCACACACACACAUACACACACACACACACACACAGACUUGGAGACUGUAUGUAAAUAGGCUGACCUGUUUUUUAGCACCUAGUGUUUUUUUUUUUUUUUUUUUCGUUUUUUUGUUGGUUUUUUUGUUUCUUUCCUGGAGGAAUGCAGACAGACAGAAGAGUAGAAGAAGAAGAAGAAGGAAGCAGUGACUUCUCGGCAAGAGAAGAAGAGGAAGGCGACGGGCAGCCUGUGUCUGCUCGGGAGUCGUGUUGAUCCUCUCUGAACACUCGUGGAGGCUUCCCUUUUUUUUCUUCUUCUUCUUCAUCCUGGACGGCCGGCUGUGACCCCUGACCUCUGACAACAUUCCAGAAGCAUCUAUAGAGCAUCAUGGGAGAGGAGGAGGAGGAGGAGGAAGAGGAGGAGAUCUCAGUGGGGUUUUACAUAAAUUCAGGUUUUCCUUGAGUUGGACGAACACAGAAAAACUGGAUCCUAACGAGGAAUCCGAGGAGCCAAUCAGGUUGUUCCUACAGUCUGGUCACAUGGUCACAUCUGCAGUAAAGCAGCAGCUGGAAGAACUGGAACAGUCUUAUUUCCAAAAAAAAAAAACUUGCUGCAGAAUUAAAAUCCAUCACAGUCAGAGUUUAGUUAUCAUGUUUAAAUGAUGUUCAGGGAUUGAAACUGAGCAUUAUCUUCAUUAUCAAUUCAUCUGUUAAUUUUUGUUUUUUGUCUAUUAAAUCAGAAAAAUGGAGCUGGAAUCACACACUGGAAAUAAUUAAUUGAUGAUUUAAAAUAGUCGGUGGUUAAUUAAAUAGUUGCAGCUGCAGAUCAGAGUAUGAUGUCACUCUCUUGGAGCCAAUAGGAAGGCAGUAAAGGCUCACGGUGAAGUUUAAAGUUUGGUUUUAAUUUUGUCUCAGUGUUAAAAAAAAAGAAGUAAAAUAAGAAUGAAUAAAGUGACUCUGCUGCACAAACACAGCUUUCAAAUGAGUCCCAAUUAAAUGUUAAAAUAAAGGCUCGUCAGGUGGUGAUGUUGAUAGUUUAAUCCUUCAGUUCAGUUUAUUUAAAUCAGCUGCAGCACGGUAAUAAAAACAUCACUGCUGUUUGUGCUGCUGGUGAUAUAAUAAACUCACUAUC